GUGUGACCAGAAUCUAGGCUCCCUACAUAUGUUGCAGUAUAAAUCAAUAUUGAUUCAAUUGGUGUGUAUCGACUACAUUGAGAGCAGAGCAAUACAGUAUGUACAGCUCGGUAUGUGGGCCUCUACCUAGAUCGGACAGAGAUACAAACCAAACCCUGUCAGUCUACUUAACAUAUUUAGAACAAGACCACGUGGACGGCUAUGACGUUGACUACAGCUGAUCUCAUUCACCACAAAGGACCGAGCCGUUCCGCAGAUGACUCAUCGGCCUGUGUUAAUGUUUGAAAGAAGGCAACUGGGACACAGCCAAUGUUGACUCGGGCAUCCAGCGUACUCUCCUUUGAAGUCAUACUUACAACGCUUGGUUGAGCGUGUGAGACGCGUUUUCUAACGAAUCGGAACAUUCACGUUAAGGGAUAGCCCAGAGAUAUAAAUAGGCCAAUGCUUCAUCAAUGCACUUGGCUGACGGGACAACACAGUGUACAGAACGUGUUGGAGAACUGUCCCAAUUUUUUUAUUUGGUCUACUGCGAUAUAUACUCGCCUGACGCGGAUGUGAAAGGUUAUAACGCAGAGGAAUCUUGGUGGUGUUGGGAGCUUUCGACUUCUCUAUGGGACUGGCGCGAGAUCCUCAGUUGAUUGCUCGUCAACUCAACAUGUAUCCGGACCGUAUUGGGGAUUAUAAAAUCCUUUCGACUCUUGGAACCGGAGCUUUUGGAGAUGUGUACAAAGUGGAGAAAGGGGGGAAGGAAUAUGCCAUGAAGGAUAUUGUGAUCGGUGCCAAAGUUGACAAUAUGAUUCUUCAAAUGGAGGUAGAUUCCCACAAAUCGAUACCAAAGCAUGAUAAUAUUGUUGUGUUCAUUGAUUCCUUUCAGACAAAGUACAACUGGUACAUUGUCCUAGAGUACUGCGCGCUAGGGACACUUGAGGAUUACGUUAUAGCCCACCGACCAGACAAAGACGUCGCCACGUCCCUCAUGCUGGACAUGGCGAAAGGUCUGCACCAUCUACACAGCAACAACAUCGUCCACAGAGACAUUAAACCUGAGAAUAUCUUAAUGGUAAAGGGACCAUAUGGAAUUCCAAGAUGCAAGAUUUCGGACUUUGGUGUGGCAAGGUUUGGAAUAGCUGGUUCUGAUCCCGGACCAAGCAAUGGGGUGGGUCAAGAAGAACUCUAUUUCCAAUCAUUGUGUGGAACUCCGUAUUUCAUUGCACCUGAAGUGAAAAAUAGACAGUACACGAGAUCCUGUGAUGUCUUCUCGCUAGGAAUAGUAUUUUAUUUGCUCUUUUCAAAGGAAACAUCAUCUGACAAUCGCUUGACCCCUUGGGCCAAAGGGGGAACGCCUUUCUACAGAGCUACAGACGCGCAGAUCAAAGACCAGCUUAAAAAGCACAUCCAUGAUGUAACAAUGUACAAACUGAUUGAGUCAAUGUUGGUGAUAGAUUUCCACAAUCGGGUGACAGCUAAAGAUCUGGUGGACAAUCUCAUGGCUUUAGAAGUGCCCGAUGACGAGGUGUUUCUUGCAGCAUGGAUGUUUGUGGCCGUUGUGAUCAUGCUGGCAAUAUUCCCCUUCCCUCUGUUUGUGCUCACCGUGAUUAUUCUGUUGCUUGCCUGUUGGCAGCUUCUCCCGAGAAGCACCAUCAGAAAGGUGUCUCUGUUAACAUGAGGAUAACCAGUGCCAAAUGGAGAUUAAUUGUGAUUACUGCAUUGCAUUAUGCCAGAGACGGUUGGGUUUUACAAGCAUUCAAUACUUUGAAUCACCACGGAUGUAUUAAGAGUGUUCAGAGAGAGCGUUUCCAGGCUUGUCAGUACAUAUCGGAUCGUGUUGUGGAUAUGCUUCCCUCCUCAUCCUCAUCCCUCCUGACACGCAGUGAUAUGGCUUAGAUACUGGAUCAAUCAAACUCACUUACUCAUCUCAAUGAAGUCAAGGGACGGUGGGGUAGCCCAGUGGUCAAAGCGUUCGCUCGUCAUGCUGAAGACCCUGGUUCAAUUCCCCACAUGGGGACAAUGUAUAAAGCCCAUUUAUUGUCUCCCGCCAUGAUAUUGCUGGGAUAUUGCUAAAUGCGACGUAAAACCAUACUCACUCGAUGAAGUCCGUGAGAUACACUACACAAGAACCGUGUUUUUAUCUGCAUAUAUAUAUAUGGAAGACACAGACUACGUUUUGAGGGCGCCACAUUAUGAUUUAAGAAACGUGCUUUUGCAUGCUAUCAUAUUAUUAUAAAUGUAUUUGAUAUUGACUAUUACAAAUGCUUUACUUUAUACAUUGAAAACAAAUGGCAGUUAAUACAGUAAUCUGUACCAAGUAUUACAUCAUAAACAUAUUAUUGUGUAUUAUUCAGAAUAUUAUAAGCGACACGUGAGACUUAACUCAUAAAACGAGGUCAUAUUAAAAUACAGAUACAAUCCAUAUGAAAGGUUUUGGAACUUUUAUCGUUUAUACUGCAUGGGUGCUACCUAAUACCUAUUUUGAUCGAUAUCUACAUUCAACAUUCAAGAAAGGCUAGGCACUGGGGGCAGGUCACACAGAUUCUCCUUGUAAUUCUGGCACUAUCUCCCGUGAAGCAAUAUCCUUGAUAUGACAAGGCCUGUAAGCAUAGCGUGACUUAUGUCUCUUAAGGAAUGCAGGCAGGCAUUUCAUUACAUUAGACGCAGAAUACACGCUAUGUAUUGCCGCGCUCUAAAUCGUCGAUCAAUCUACACUUAGUUGCCCUGCCAAGGAGCCGCGUGAUUCUCGCUGUCAACACACCUAGAUAUGAGAAGGGAUGUAGGAAUGUAUGCUGGGUGUAUCUGGUAUUGUGACAUCGGUUGUCCUUUAUAUGCCGUCAAAUGUGGGUGAGCCGUGGUUUAUAAUAAUAUAUGAUGUGUGGUUAGUCCGAGUUAGACUGACUGCCGCCCAAUUAAUAACUUGACGGAGUGACCUACAAAUGAAGAAAAAUAUCCUGUCAAAUAAUUACGCAUGUCGAAAACCUUUAAGAUCUUUGUUAUACAAAAUAAAAAAUAUGUACAGCUUA